ACACUGUGUCUGUCUUGUUCUGAGGGCAGGUUAUCAGUUUUGUGAGCGCGAGAACGAGAAACGUGUGAUUCCUAGAGCUAUUCCAUCUGGUUCAGCGUUAGAAGCUCCUGGACCAGACUCCUAGAUCUGGAGAGUCCAAAUUUGGAUUCUGUGAAAGAGAAUGAUAGCGUCUGUUUGAGAAGAACGAGCGCCUGCAUGUUCCUGACAAAUGAAAAACUUGUCGUUCUUCCACAUGUCCCUCUGCAGUCGUGUACUUUUUGAUAAAAGAAUGGUUCCCGCCAACUGCCCUUCUUGAUUAAAGUAAAUCCUUCCUUUGUCCCAACUUUCCUUCUUGAUUAAAGUAAAUCCUUCUUUUGUCUCUUCUCCUGUCUAGUGCAACUCGAUUACUUUCUCCUUUCUUAAGUAACUCACUAAGUAAAUUAAGCCCUAGCUCUACGGGUUGCAAACUUCGUUCCUGUGAUUGAUUCCUCAUCCUCGAAUGAAGGGAUCAUAGAAUGAAAGCAUGAAGAACGAGGAUAAUUUGCAGAGCGUUCUGAAUCAGCAUUUUCACGAGUUAGUGCGUUGGAAAAAGCAACUGAUCGAAGACGACGCUGCAACCAGAGAAAGUGUCGCAACACUUCGUGCUGGUGCUGGUGCAGCUGGAGGAGGUUCUACUUCUGGAUCUUCAUUGGCAUUGGCAAAUAGAAAUAAUCUAGAUGCUGCCGGAGGAUCACGUCCUGUAGCGGAAAUCAGAGGUGAAGACUUGUUGAGGUCAACUUUCCAGAGUCCGGAAUUGAAAGCAUUGAGCCUUUUAGACGAUAUUUUGGGAAAGACGGAGAACAUCAAGGACAGCCACCGACAAAACCGUCUUCUUACGACGUCUGGACCCCCUGGACAGAGUACUAGCGCUCCUCCAUUUGGAAACUUUUCUCCCGCUGCUAGAGGUGGAACAGGAACAUCAAAAGAGGCUGCUGGAACCAACAACAACACGAACAUCAUGUUGGGAGGCGGUCAGAGACCGUGGCAGCGACAGCAGCAGCCAACAGGGUUUGCAGGGAAGAAAGCCAAUGAGCUAGAAUCAAUGCUGUCGGAAAUAGAGGUAUUUAGAAAUAAUCGUCCACAGAAUACAUUUUUUGCACAGGGCAUCUCCAUUGUUCACCCACCAACAUAGUGGUGGAAGAUGUACGUAGUUUACUAGAAGUUGUACCUACGCCUACGGUUUUCAGCAUUAUCGGAGCCGCCCUAUCCUCCACCCCUUCGUCUCAUCAAAUUACAUCAGACCGUUUCCCGUCAACUCGGACCCACCCCUCCGUCUCAUCAAAUUACAUCAGACCGUUUCCCGUCAACUCGGACCCACCCCUCCGUCUCAUCAAAUUACAUCAGACCGUUUCCCGUCAACUCGGACCCACCCCUCCGUCUCAUCAAAUUACAUCAGACCGUUUCCCGUCAACUCGGCCCCACCCCUUCGUCUCAUCAAAUUGUCAUCAGACCGUUUCCCGUCAACUCGGACCCACCCCUCCGUCUCAUCAAAUUACAUCAGACCGUUUCCCGUCAACUCGGAUCCCGGAUAAAGCAAGAGCCGGCGGUCAUUCCUCGAAGCUUUUUAGAGGAUUUGGAAGCAUUGAUUCGCCAGAAUGCGAUUCUAAAGGCUGAAUCAGAAAAGAACGCUUUGAAGAUGAUUGAAAUGCAAGAAGAAGUUACGAAGCUGCGAGCAGAUGCGGACCAGAACCAGGACACAUUUAACUCGAUGAGGGCGCUGUUGGCGAAGACUACUAAUGUAACAAGAUGAGAACUUUGGAAUUUUUUGGAAUUCUUGUAGUAAGUUCUACUCUGCACAGAUGCAAUCAGUUUCUUUCUUUUGAGUAAAAUAGUUUCUUGAAUUCUAAGGCCAAUGAGAUUGUAGUAAGUUCUACUAGUUCUUAAUCAUGAUAAUAAAUAGAUCAAGGACUUCAACUAAGCUCGUCUUCACGUCGUCAACGUCAUGAAGAACAACAUUAUUUUGCUGGAAUAGCACUACUCUUGAUUACUACGAUUUCAAUUUGUGCAUUUACUCUUCCUUUUGUAUCGCGUCAUCAAGGACCAUACCAUAAUACAGGAACGCAACGAGCUUGCGGAGCAAGCUCGUCAUGGAUUGGCAACCAGAGAGCGAGACGAGUAUGCCAAGCAAAUCGUAAAGGUGGAACGGAUAGCCAGAGACUAUGAGAAACACAUCGCUGAGCUCGAAUCCAUGGUGAAAAGCAAGGAUCGCCAACUCGCAAUGGCCGAAACCGAGAAAGCCAAAUUGAAGUCUUUGGGUCGGAAGCAAGCUGAAAAAUUCAAAGACGAUGUUACGCGUUUGGUGCACGACAAGAAGAGUUUGCGUGCGUUCUUGGAUAAGAUACAGGACCAUCAAAAUGAUCAACAAUUGGCCGCGGAGAGUGGGGGAGCCAAAAAUGGGGUACUUGUUUUUAAUGAUCAAAAGAACUAAGGUUAAGAAAGUAUUAGAUUUCCCAUGGAGAUCGUUAAAAGGAAGUUCAAGUUUCUUAUUUGGAACAUACUCCUCGAGGAAAGAUUGUUUGCUUAAAUCUUGCAGCUUUUCUGUAAAGAUUGACUCCAAGCACAAGUUGACUCCAAGCAGCACAAGUGUCCAACAUAUAAUCACAGGAUCAUGGCACCAUCGAUGCAGUAAUGACGAGCAUAAGCAUGGCGAAGAACAAGGGCGGGAGCAAGGCCUUCAGGUGAAAACCCCGAUGAAACAAAAUGUUUUCGAGACCACUGUAUCGGAGUUGGCGACGAAAACUAGUGUAGAAAAUUUGGUUUCUACAGGUUAGAGGACCUCCGUAUUUCGAAAAAAUCAAGAAUAUAAAGCACGACCUCAAUUAUAAGCGCACUUAAGGAAGAACAAUCUAACACACAGCUACAUAGAUACUCAAAAAAUGCAAUGAUAAAUCCUUUCUGUUCGUCAGAAUGAGUUUUCAAAACCAUAAUUAGUUGGAUCAACAUAUCAAGAAUUGGAAUAAGGAAGGCUAUUAAGAGACAACGAUAUGAAACUUUAUACGCCAGAAGAAAUGAAAAGACCCUGCAUUAUGAAUGCUAGAAAAGUUGAAAAUGAACUUGAAUUUUUCCCCUAGAAGCAAUGUUGAU